AUGGAGAAUCUAAACCAAUUGGAUCUCUCCUCAAACGAGUUAACUGGAUCGGUGCUGAACGAUUUCAGCGAGUUGAAGUCUCUGUCGAGCGCGCUCAACCUAUCGUACAAUCACUUCUCGGGAAAGAUUCCGAAAUCCCUCGGCGAUUUACCCUUGACGGAUUCGGAUUCGGGCAACCCGGAAAAGGCAAAGAGGGGAAAAGGGGAGGGGGAUCUCGUCGCGAUCGACAAACCUGGACGAGCUGUUGAGGGCGUCGGCGUACGUGCUGGGGAAGAGCGGACUGGGGAUCGUGUACAAAGUGGUGCUCGGGAAUGGAAUCCCGGUGGCGGUAAGGAGGUUGGGGGAGGGCGGGGAUCAGAGGUAUAA